ACCCAAGACACAGAAAAGUUAUAAAAAUUGUAGAUUUAUAUUUGGAGAGUGACCUCAAGUUCUCUCAUUCCUUCAAGCCCGAUGGUUUGCUCAAAUUUGGCCAAUCGAAAGAUCCUCAAAACGAGAAAAAAGAAAGAAAAACAAAAAGAGGGGAUGUAUGGGACGAAAGAAAUGGGCUAGAAACAGGCGCCCGUAAAAUAAGAUCUUCCCGAAAAUGAUAACCCAUCACAUCAACGGUGAUUCGUGACGUUACGUUAUCAAAGUGGAGCACGAUUGGAUUAGAUUAGCCGCUGAGCUAUCAUCCUCUCUGGGUCCACACGCCGGAUAGCUCGCCGCCGCCGGUCCACACGUCCACCGUGCACCUGCACCGCGGCCGUCAUGUCCGCCGCCGCCGCUCGCUGCCUCCUUGUCCCAGCAUCGCCGCCGGCGACGGGAUCGCCGGAGACCGUCAAGGCCCCCGCCUCCAUCCCCACCUCCUGCCCCGAUGCCUCUGUUCCUGUCCGCGCUGCCGUCGGUCCGAGUUCCGGCCGCCGGAUCCCAGCGUCGCCGCUCCGGUGCUCUUCGUCGGCGGCGGCGAUCCCCGCCGCGCCGGAGCUCGGCGUGCUUCUGGAGGUGGAAGGAGUUCUUGCAGAUGUCUACCGCUUCGGCAAUCGCCAAGCUUUCAAUGUAGCAUUUCAAAGUCUUGGGCUAGAUUGUGCAAAUUGGACGGAGCCAAUAUAUGCUGAUUUAGUGAGGAAAUCUCGAGGUGAUGAGGAAAUGAUGCUGGUAUUAUUCUUUGACAGGAUUGGCUGGCCUACGUCUUUGCCAACUAGCGAGAAAGGAUCAUUUAUAAAAAGUGCUCUCCGUGAAAAGUUGAAAGCUUUGGAAGAGUUCUCAACUUCUGACAGCUUAUCGCUGCGGCCUGGAGUCGAAAAGUUCAUUGAUGAUGCACUUAGUGAGGGUGUCCCUGUGGCCAUAUUAGCAACAUAUGGGAGAAAUGGAGAAAAGAUGUCAAGGUCUAUAAUUGAAAAGUUAGGCCCUGAGAGAACAUCAAAAACAAAGAUUGUUGGAAAAGAAGAGGUUGAAGGAAGCUUAUUUGGGCAGCUUGUACUUGGUAAAGGUGUUGCAUCUAGUUUGGAUGAGCAACUUGUCAGGGAAGCCCAAAAGGCUGCUUCUGCAGAGAAGCAGAGGAUAGCAGAAGAGGUUGCAUCCAUCCUAAAACUUACCGUUGACAUCACAGCGUCCGAAAGCUCAGAGAAGAUAAUAGCAACUCUGCGUGCCGGGUCUGAAUAUGUUGGUUGCGACGUGCAAAACUGCGUUCUUGUUGCUGGUAGCCAAUCUGGCGUCCUUGCAGCCGAACGCAUUGGCAUGCCAUGCGUAGUUGUUCGUAGCAGCUUUACAGCCAGAGCGGAAUUUCACUCUGCGAAGGCCGUCAUGGAUGGAUUUGGCGGCACAGACCUCACCAUAUCAAAACUACUGAACAAGAAGUGGUCUUAAUAACGUAUUAUUAGUGAACCUAGCAAUAGCUUGGUUGGUACAGCCAUUGAGAGGUUAUCUACCCAGGUUCGAAUCCGGAUGCUCGUGGAUGGUGUGAGUACUUUUCUAAAAGAUUUGAUACUACUCUCUCUUAAGACAAUGCUAGGGGCAUCUUCUUCACUAGCUCGAGUUUUUUUUUCUUCAUAAUAAUGAAUCAACUAUAAAAACUAAGGAUUGGAUUGGAGAGUGUUGUGAAUUUGUAAUGAUCUAGUGCUGACCAAUGUGAGGCUUAA